AUGGCUGAGGUUCUCGAUCCACCCACCAGUGUCCAACGCUCCUCUUCCGAAACGUCUACUUCCUCUAAGAAAAGCCAUAGAGGCAAGCCCGUCCGUUCGAAAGCCUUCAAACGACUCUCUGCCUCCUCGCCUACCAACCCGCAGACAGACCUCACCUCGUUUCCUUCCCUCUCCCCCGAUACUUCCCCAGAGGGUUUUCGAGGUGAACCAGCAUUGAAUCACGCGCUCAGUCAGGCCUUGUUGACGGAAAAUAAUUCCCGCCGGAGCGCUGAUCGUGGUCGCAAAGCCACACUGGAAGGUUUGAUGACCUCGUUGCCACAAAUAUCUGGUCGCAGUGCGCUCUUUAAUGACUCAGUGGCGUCGAGGAAUGUUCCGGGCUCGCUCCACCUUGCCAAUGAUGACCACAUCGAGCGCAUCGUUGCAAGGACUGGCGCAGUGAAACUGGUGCGGCAGUUUGCUCGGGACCUUGCACUACGAGAUGCUGAGAUCUCCUCGAUCCGGCUGCGUGCGGAUGAGAGGGAGAAAGAAUUGAAGAAAAUGCUUCGUGAGGCACAGGUAUCCAACCAGACGAUCGAAAAUAGACUCUACAUUCUCGAGAACCCGGUGGAGAAAUCGAUCGACGACAGUACAGAAAGUCUCGGUCCAUCAAGUGGUGCAAGAAAGGUGUCGCCUACGAUAGACGAUAUGGUGAACCAGGCCAUGAGUGACGAUGUGGGAAUUCAGGUGCUGAGAUCGUCGCCCGAAGAAUAUGGCAAAGGAGAUGCGGAUUUUCGUGACACCAUUCGUCCCGGUCGCCAUGAUGUCUUUCAGCCCAGAAGCCCCAGUGUGGGAUCGACUAAGAAAACUUCACCCACGUUGUUUCGUGGCUGGCAGAGUUACAUUUGGGGGAGUGCCACUGUUAGUCAAAAGACGAGCAAAGCAAGUAGCAUCAUGAGUGACCUAGGUGCACAUGAUGACAGUGAUGAUUUAUUGCACAUGCCUAGUUCAUCUGUCAACCGUCGGAAGGGUUUGGACGAACAAUUAUUUCAGCAUCAUGGUGUGAAUCCAGCUGCUUUUACCCCGGAUACCAAAACCGUGACGAAGUUAAGAAAUGGGGAUGAUUCAAGUGCUAAUUCUCGUCAGUCGUCGAGGUCGUUAGCAUCGUGGACUGUGAAGCUGUUUGCAGGUAAUCCUCAAGCUGGUAAAGAAGUCUCUGAUUCCAGAAGCACCAAAAGCCACACCCGGCCCAAUACACCAAGCUCUAGGGCCAGACAGUCUUCGGCUACGGAAUCAUCAAAUGUUAGCGGGUCUGCCAUUGCGGCUUUGAAACGUCUAAAUGGCACCGUCUCUAGGCCACCAAGGUCCCUAAAAUCACACACUAACUCCAGUGUACGAGAUUCUAGAACCAGCCUCUCCGGGCCUCGUCGUGAUGGCCUUUCCGGCCCGAGACAGACCGCUACACCUGAAUCUAGGAUUGGAGACGAGAAUCCAACAAAUUUAGGUCCUGUGGAGAUGGAUGCUAUAUUGCCUUUGGAAUCCCGACCACCAACACUAUCACACCUCUAUAGAAAUUAUCAACCAGGGGACCUUCUGACAGACCGGUUUGGUUUUAUUUACGACCAAAGGAGGAAGAAGCGGCAGAGAGAAGCUGAUGGGUCUAACCGCAAUUCGAAGCGGGCAGGCAUCCCAGGAACACUUGAGGGAAUCCGGGGUGAUCCAGAUCUGACCAUAAAGCUGGAACUAAAUGGCAAGGAGUCUCCGUCUUCUCCAACACUCGUUGAAGAUUCUGAGAGUGGAACCGUUCCUGUUAGACGAUGGCAAGAUUAUUUAAAAGUAGCUACCAAACCGACUGAGCUGCUCUCCCAUACUCCAGCCGCAGGUCCUAUUGUCGCUGUAGCUAGUGCUCCCGAAAGGAAACAGCGCUCAUCAUCUGUCACAAUUAAGAAAGGCGGAUCCAUAUCCGUUGUCAAUUCUACGCCCCAAGCUGCUGUGCUUAUGUCUCAGGUUGUUUCCAACGACGCAGAGUUCGCAUGUUCAGUAAACGAUGCAUCUGUUGUACCAGUUCCAGCCUCUGAGCAGGAACCUGUGAGACUACUGUUGGAACGGCUCACUGAGCUGCAUGAUUCUCUUCAAAGAGACCGUACGGUUAAGUGGAAUGAAUUUAUGCGGAAAGUCCGCGCGGAACGCAGAAAGGAGGGAGAAGCGUCGGACCGGCCAAGUGUAUCUCUUGCAAUGCCUGAAGUGUCACUCGCAGAUGGAGAAGUUGUUGGCAUAUCUGGACUUGGGAACAAGGGUAAAGUUGGGCGAGCUAAAUGGCGUGAAUUCAAAAGUCUCGUUCUCGGAGGCAUUCCCGUCACGUAUCGUGCGAAGGUCUGGUCUGAGUGCAGUGGGGCUUCUGCAAUGCGAAUUCCCGGAUAUUAUGACGAUCUUGUAAAGGGUACCAUGAAACAGGAGACUGAUCCAUCUGUGGUUGCGCAGAUCCAGAUGGACAUCCAUCGAACGCUGACGGAUAACAUUUUCUUCCGCGAAGGACCUGGCGUCCAGAAGCUGAAUGAUGUUCUCUUGGCUUACGCUCGCCGCAAUCCCGAUGUGGGUUAUUGUCAAGGCAUGAAUUUGAUUGCUGGAUCGUUGCUUCUGAUCAUGCCUACGGCCGAAGAUGCCUUUUGGAUCCUUGCAUCGCUGAUUGAGAAUAUUCUGCCCCCGCACUACUAUGACCAUGGCCUCCUGGCAUCGCGUGCGGAUCAGCAAAUUCUUCGCCAAUAUGUAUCUGAGAUCCUGCCCAAACUCUCAGCGCAUCUUGACGAGCUGGGGAUCGAACUUGAAGCGUUGACUUUCCAGUGGUUUUUGUCUGUUUUUACAGACUGCUUAUCAGCUGAGGCGCUGUAUCGAGUCUGGGACGUUGUUUUCUGUCUCAACACGCCUGCUACGACGCCAGCUCCAACGACCGUGCUGUCGACUACAUCCCAGGCCCAGAAUCAGACGUACCCAGAGAAUAAGCCGGGAAGUACAGUGUCGGUAUCGAGUUUGCUUUCCAACCCAGCCAACAACCUAAUCGGAUCCACCCCAUUGCCAAACGGCGACCUAUUAAACACCAACGAUGGCGGUGGGGGAGGAAGCACGUUCUUCUUUCAAGUCGCCGUAGCACUCCUUAAGCUUAACGAGCAGCAACUUCUGACGGCAUGCUCGACGCCAGCGGCGGUGUAUACGUACAUCAACCACCAAAUGACCAACCACGCCAUCAGUAUUGAUGGGUUGAUUCAGGCCAGCGAGGCGUUGAGUAAUGUUAUUAAGCGGAAGGACGUGUGUGCGAGACGUAUUGCUGCGUUGAGGGAGAUGAGAGCGGAUAUGAGUGGGGGUGGAUAUGCGGGGAGCAUGAAGACUGAUAAUGGUGAUGGGGCCUCGACUGGAGUUGGUGCUGUUGCUGGAGUUGCUGUUAAUACCCAGUAG